GCGCAGAGAGACGGUGGAGGGAGGGAGGGAGGGAGGAGAGAUGAAGGGGGUGGUGGGGAUGGUGGUGUCGAACAAGAUGCAGAAGUCGGUGGUGGUGGCGGUGGACCGCCUCUUCCACCACAAGCUCUACAACCGCUUCGUCAAGCGCACCUCCAAGUUCAUGGCCCACGACGAGCUCGACCGCUGCAACGUCGGCGACCGCGUCCGCCUCGACCCCUCCCGCCCCCUCAGCAAGCGCAAGCGCUGGGUCGUCGCCGACAUCCUCAAGCGCGCCCAGAUCUACCGCCCCCCUCCCCCGCCCCCCAAGCCCACGAAGGCCGGCUAACCAGGAGAAAGCUUGAACAUAGAGAAUUAAAAGCUGCGAGGCUGAAUAUAGUGGCUUUCUAAGAUCGGCAUAGUUUGUACUGGCUUUUGCUUUGGUGUUCGAUAAGAUGACGAUCGCUGCAUCUGCACUGUUGAGAAUUGUCUGGACUAAUUUGUUGGAGAGGAGGUAUUGAUAACCAACUUCGUGGAAAAACUCAUGUAUUUGGGUGAUCUUUUCCGGUGAAUUGAUGGUUCAUAAGUUACCCUUUCUUUGUAAUUGGUCCAAUGUCGUUUCCCUCAUAGAACAUCGGAAGCUGUUCUUUGGCUAA